ACUCCGCGCUCAGACAGUUAUUUUUUUAGGCAUGAUGGCGCCAAACAGCAGUAUCCACAUUAAUGUAAAUAUAAUAUCGAUUCGGUGCACCGCGCGAGGAAGAAAGCCAUCGGGUGUCCUUACGGAGGCUAUUUGAGGGCGUCGAGUGAGCUCAGCAGGAGCCCUCGGCCCACGAAGCUGCCGUGACAGAGGCGUACUCGGACUACUGCCAUCUCGGAGCUACCGAUCGAAGAAUAAUUCGAUCUUUCACGAUCAGACGUACCGGCUAUUAUUCGUCACGUGCAUCAUCGCGCGCGAAAUCACCCUCUCCGUCGAUAGAUCAAUAAUAAGGCAUUUACUGCCUUCCGACCAUCUCUAUCUUUUUCUCUCUCUCUUACGUUCUGGUUCUCUCUUGCGCGCGCGUGCGUGUUCAUGUUUGCGUGUGCGUGUCGAACUUGUGCUCGCGUGUUCGUGUCCGUACCGUGCGCCUGUGUUGUAUCCACAUUCGUGCGUACCUGUGUAUUCACGUCGCGUGUGCGUAUUUACUUACACUCGUGUGCAUGUGCAUUCGAAUUCACAUACGUGUGCGUUCAGAUGUGUAUACCUGAGUGCCAAGAUUCGUGUGCGAGUCGAGCCUGUCGCCAUCUGUAUUGUCAAUGUUGUCGGCCAGCAGGAGCACCACCAGCCCAAUGGACCCGUCCGAGAGGAAUCCACUUUCUAGAUAAUAAAUACAUGGACGACUAUGUAGGUGUGCGCGGCUCACCUGCACGUGCCACGUACCGCUAGCUCACUUGGUAUAAUAGAAUGGCACAGCGAGGCAAACGAAUAAAUAGAAACGACAAUGAUUUGGCGUCUUGCCCAGGCGCAAUCAAAAGGCGCAAAUGUAGGCUGGGUCCAGCGACGGGUUCGUCGUCGCUGGCAGCUACCAUGGGGCCCUCAGAAGAGGAGGAGACGAUGGCGUCGUCCAGUCAAGGAGGGGCAUCCUGGACCCCCCGACCACUUAGUGAUAUCAAAAUCUCUAGUAUAUACAAUCGCUCCUCUGCUGAGGCUCCAGCAGAAUUAUUUCGUAAGGAUUUGAUCAGUGCGAUGAAAUUACCUGACAGUGAACCACUAAGUCCCAAUGAAUAUUGGGUCAUUACUGAUCAGUGGAAACAAGAAUGGGAAAGAGGUGUUCAAGUACCUGUCAACCCAGAUUCCCUUCCUGAACCUACAGUCACUAUCACGCAGGCAGCACCUGUAAAGCAGCACUCUGAAUUCAAGCUACCUAAGAAAUUCGUAAGGAUAUCGCGUGACGAUUACUUCAACCCAGAAGACCAUCAUUUAAGCACAACACCGGCACGGGCUGAGAAAGCUUGUGCUUAUGACCUUGAUGACACUGAUAUUGCUUGGUUGGAUGUAUUAAAUGGUGAACGUGCCCAGGCUGGUCAAUUGCCAAUCACGGAAUCGCAAUUGGAACGCGUGAUAGAAGAACUGGAAGUUCGGUGUUGGGAAAGAAUACAGACUAUUGUAAAAAACGAGGAAGGUCUUGGCAUUGAAUAUGACGAGAAUGUAAUUUGUGAUGUUUGUAGAUCUCCUGAUUCUGAGGAAGGAAAUGAAAUGGUAUUUUGUGACUGCUGCAACAUAUGUGUACAUCAAGCUUGUUAUGGAAUUACUUCAAUACCAGAUGGUUCCUGGUUAUGCAGAACUUGUUCUCUAAGUCAACGACCAGAUUGUGUUCUCUGUCCUAACAAAGGUGGUGCUAUGAAGUGUACUCGCAGUGGCCAAAAAUGGGCUCAUGUCUCUUGUGCUUUAUGGAUCCCAGAAGUUAGCAUUGGCUGUGUUGAAAGGAUGGAACCUAUCACUAAAAUAUCCAGUAUUCCGCAAAGUCGAUGGGCUCUAAUAUGUGUGCUAUGUCGAGAAAGAGUCGGUGCUUGUAUCCAGUGUAGCAUAAAGACGUGCAAGACAGCUUAUCACGUGACGUGUGCCUUCAAAUAUGGCUUGGAGAUGAAGGCAAUCAUUGAAGAUGAAAUGGCUGAUGAUGGAGUAAAAUUAAGGUCCUACUGUCAGAAACAUAGUAGAACGAACACAAAAGAUAAAGUUCAAGGGGCAGGAGGCAGUAUAGGAAGUGGAGCGGAGAAAGCAGGAUCAGACUCUGAAGAUGCAGAAUCCAGAAGGCGCAAGAGAAAAGACAUGACUUCCGAAGAAAAGAAUCAAGCACGAGCUGCAAAAUUGCAAGAAAUAGAAGCAGAAUUUGACAAGCAUGUGAGCUUGAAGGACAUUACUUCUCAACAGUUGGAUGUGGAUCCUGAAGGCAUUAUCUACAUUUAUAAUUACUGGAAACUUAAAAGAAGAGCUGGCCAUAACAAACCACUGUUAGCACCACGCUGCGGAGAGCUUUCCGGAAGUGGAUCUCGCAAUCAGGGUCAAGCAGCAGAUCUCGAGAAAAUGAGGACAUUCGUUCAAUUACGACAGGAUCUGGAAAGAGUUAGAAAUCUUUGUUAUAUGGUGGGCAGAAGAGAAAAGCUUUGUCGAUCUUUUCUAAGAUUACGAGAACAGACGUUCCAUAAGCAAGCAUUGGUAAUGUCUGGUCCACCAUUAUCACCAGCUGCAGCGGCUGCAGUAAUGGAAGCCAAUCACGGACCAUCAAUUUAUGACCGACUUUAUUCUCACCCCGAUUCUGAGGAUCAUACUCACGACUUUGACACAAUUGUUGCCAGAAUCGCUGGAAUAGAAUCACCGACCAGUGAUGAAAAGAAAACGCAACAACAACAACAGCAACAAUCACAACAGCAGCAAGACUUCAAUGGUGCCUCCAGUAAAAAGUUAUACUUUAACGGCUCCGUCCGAAGAAAGAACCUUUAUGGUAGUGAUCUGUCGUCUGUUAGUAGCAGUGAGACAGAUGCGACGAAAGUAAAGACAACGGAAAAGAAAAAUCUGAAGUUGGAAAGUGAAUCGAGUACGGAAGACGAAACGAAUGUUUCAACGAAAGCAAAGCUGUCGCGUAGGAAGACAAAGAAGGGUGGUCUACAUACAGAUAAGUUGCUCAAAGAGAACAGCGAGAAUGAGAAGCUUGUCAAUAGUAGGUCGCAUACGCUUCAGCACAUGGAGAAGGAAUUAGGAAGCGCUUCUGGCAGUGAAAGUGACGAGCUAUUACCUUUAAGUGCUGUAACGACGAAGCAUCUUACAGCUUCAGCUAUAUAUUCAGAUACCGAUUCAGACUCUCAAGAACAUACGUCUCAUUCGGCGGUUCUAAUCACUAAAGCAGCAGUUAAAGAAUUUUCUGCAGCGAAUUUAUCGAAGAAUUCACAGAAAAACUUUAAUAAGGACUCCAGACAUACAGAAACAACGUAUCAUAAUGCUGGGUCGAAGAACAAAGAGAACCAGAGUAAAGUCAGUACCAAGAAGAAAGAGUAUAUACCUUCAGCGUUGAUAGUACCUCAAAGACAAGCGGCAAAGAAAGCCUCAGAAAUUAUGCAGCGUACGCAACAGAGUAAGAAAGACAACUCGGUGCCUGAGAUUCCAUCAGAAACAGUAAAGUCUCCUGUAGAGGAGGUACCUAAGUGUUCCUCUUCUAAACCACAAAAAGAAAAGAGUCCUAGCAAGAAGCAGAAAGAAAAUAAACCUUCAAAGGAGAUUAAGAAUAAUGACGUUUACGAUUUUGAUAAAGAAUUUGGUGAUGGAACGGAAAUUUUGGCGUACGUGCCACAGAGGCAAGCCGCAAAGAAGGCUGCUGAACACAUAAAAAGCGGUUUGGGUAGUAAGCCUACGCAACAACAGAUCGAACAAGAAACUCUUGACGGAAGGAAAAAGGAAUCUCCCGAAACUGGUAAACGAAAGGAAGCUAGAAAAGAUGAUACUUCUUCAUCUAGGAAAGAAGAAUUAUCUUCAAGGAAGGAAGAAAUGUCCUCCUCGUCGUCAUCUUCAUCAUCUUCUUCCUCUUCUUCAUCGUCAUCAUCUUCGUCCUCCUCUUCGUCGUCGUCUUCUUCAUCCAGGAAAGAAGAAGCUUCUAGAAAAGAAGAACUGUCCUCGAAGAAAGAAGAAUCUGCUUCGAGGAAGGAAGAAAUGCUUUCGAAGGAUAAUCGGUCUAGAAGACCAAGGAAACCUAGUGAGAGGAAGUCUGUACUCUCUAGUAACAGCGACAGUAGCAGUAGUAGUAACAGUUGCAGCAGUUCCACAGAAAGUAGUAGUGAUUCUGAGAGUCCUAGUCGUAGGAGGCUCUCGAACGAUCUCAAGGAUGCUUCCUCUUCCACUACUUCCUCUGAAAGCGACGCUGGGAAUAGGACGAAGAGUAAAUUGACACCAACGCCAACAAGUACAACGAGCAGAAAACAACAAUCUACAAAAGCAUCUCCAGAACGUGAAACAGAAAGGAAACCAGUUGCAGGGCGGAAACUCAAGAAGCUGCCCGAGAAGAAGCUUAAAACUUCCGACGGGCGGCGGGGACCAGAGUUUCAGCCGCCUACUGAGAGAGAGGAACCUCGUAGAACCUCCAAAGAGCAACAACAAGAACAACAGUUACAACAACAACAGCAACAACAGGAGGCAAAGAAGCAGGAUCAGAGAGACAGCAAGAAACAACAACCAACCACGGGAACGGAGAUUAAUGAGAAUCUGCUCAUUGGGUCUGGAGAUCAUGAUGGGCCAAGAAGUGUUUCUGGGUCCAGACCUACCAAGAAGUCGGGUCAGGCUGCUAAGCAGCAGUCCCAGCCUAGAAAAGAAGACAGCAAGGCUAAACCCGAAGGCAGGAAGCGAAAACCAAACGAACCUGCCGCGAAGGAUGAGAAGAAAGAAACGAUCAAAAAACCGGAGAAACGGGUGAGCGAGAAACAAGUCAAAGAAACUGAUAAGAAAGAUGAAGAAGAGAGUAGUAGAAAGGACGAAGCGAAGGUUGUGGAACAAGAAAAGGUUAACGAAAGUACAGAAAGUUCCUUUAAGAACGAUGACAAGAAAGUUAAAAAGCUUGGAGGUAGCAAAGAGGCGGUGCACACAUUGGAGGAAGAGAUGAAGCAACGAAGAGCUGAGAGAGACAGCCCUAAGAAAUCGCUUAGAGGUUUAGACAAAUUGUUGGAAAAACGCGAACAUCUUGAUAAGAUCUCGAAGAGCAAGAAUUCAGAGGUGAAAAUCGAGAAGCCUGUGGAGGAUGAGAAAGAGGAGAAAGAUAUUAUAGAAGAGCCUCCACAGAUAAAGGAAAGUAUUAAGAAUGAAGAUCGUAAGAACCACAUCACUGAAACUGAGACGAUCAUUGAGAAAACGAAACCAGAAGAACUACCGGAAGAAGAACCUAUUAAGAAGGACAUCAUAGAGGUUCCCCUACCCGAAAGGACGUCAGCUGGUAAGAAGAAAUCGGAAAGAAUUUCGGAGAACUUUAAUGAACCACCGCCUGCGGAAAUUGUCGUUCCUGUGGAAGAAAAUCUUCAGAAAGAGGCACCGGAAGAGGAUACCGUCAAGAUCGUUUCGGAAAAAGUCGAGACUAUAGAGAAGGAUCAUCAGAAGAGACGGAAGUCCGGGAAUCGGUCGAUAUUCUCACCGCAACAUGGCAAAGAUCCGAGCGUCUCGGAAUUGUUCGACUUCGAUCAAGACAUGUUGACUGAGGAGAUGGUGAACGAGGACGGUUUCGGUAUAUCCAGAGAUCCGGAAGAACGAUCGGCGCCAUUAAGUUUCUCCUUCAACAACGAGUUGUGGUUCAAAGAGGACUCGAAGGAAGAUAGCGCUAGGGAGACUCUCCAUCUUGUAGAGAAGCUGCGUAUGGAGCUCUCGAAGAAGUCAAAUUCUAGUCAGUUUGAAUUAGAGACAGUACCCGUGGACGGCGAGAUAAAGAAGGAGGAGCCACCGAUGGAGAAAGUGUUCGAGCAACAACCGUUGCAACCGCCGCAACUCCAACCGCAGCAGCCGCAACUGCAACAGCAACUGAACCUUCAGCCAGAAAAGGAGACAAAGAUUCUCGAACCCGCGGAGCAACCGAUCUUAGAAGUGAAGAAUAACGUUGAAAUCCCCGAAGAAGUGAUAGCUCCUAACGAAGCCCGUCCUGGUAGCUGUAAAGACACGAUAGACGAGAAAAGGAAAACGUGUUACUCGAGUACCAAUGACAGAUACACGGCCUACGAGGAGGAUCGUGAGACGAAUAAAGUCAGCUUGGUGGAACGAUCGAAGCUCGACCGCGCGGAAACCGAUGAGAGAUGGGUCCCACCGAGCGCAAAUAACUUCGAGCCUACCGACGUCCAGCAUUUGAACGCUCUCAUGGAAACACAGAAUCAUCGUUACAGUAAUCAUCAGUUCCCCAACGAAGCGAUCCAGGAUAACGAAUCGUUAACGCGUUCCCACUUGAACGCGGCCGCAAUCCAAGAGCAAUAUCUUCUUCAGCAACCGCAUACCAUACUUCAUGGCCAACGCGAGACGCUUGAAAGGACAAUACUAGAUCAACAGAUACUCGAAGAAAAUCCUAUGGAAAUGGUGAACAGACAUUUGAUAGGAUUGCCAGCGUCCGAAGACGAUCAGGCGGCAGAGAUAACGGACAGAGCGUUGGAAAAGGAGGACGACGUUGUCAGGCAACAGGAAUACGAUCAGAACUCACCGUACAACGAUGUUAAUGGCCGACCCGACACCAGAUGGGCAGAGAGUCAAGUUCUGCCAUCUCGCAGAUCUACAUCCUCAUCAAUCACCUCUGCUUCGUCUGCCGAGGAUCAUUCCAUUCCGCCGUACAAAAACGUCCCGGGAAUUCCUUUUCCACCGUGCUCGAUGGAGCAAAGUUAUUACACGGAUUCAAACUACGGCUCCGGUCCAGUCUCUCUAUUUCCGCCUCAGUCUUGCGCUGCUCCGUUGCCAUACCCAUCACCUGGUACAGCUCUCUUUCCGCCUGCGUUUGGAGCCGCUUUCCCGGCGGCGCAAUCUUUGCUACCGCACGUAAAGCCUCUGGAGGACUCGCUGAACCUACAGGCCUCACCCUGCACCGCAGCAUUCACGUCUUCCUCGCACAACAUGGCGCUCACGGCCGCCAUGGUCUCGCCUACUAAAAUAGCCACUCCACCGCCGCCACCUCCACCGCCGCCUCCGCAGGUUCCGCCACCAGCGGAGACUAUCGACAGGACACAACAACAAACGCAAGUCACUGACUCGCCCGCUUUGCCCCUCAACUUCUUGAACGCCAUAGCGCCUGAAAGCCACGUUGCCGAGUCUAUCGUCGAAACCAUACCCGAAGCUUUAACCGACGCCAAGAUCCAACACCCAGGGAAAAAGUCACCCUCAAAGCCAACGAGAACCUCGGCCAGGGUUACCUCGUUGCAAGGGAAAUCCCCGGGCAAGUCGCCCAGGCAAGAAACUCAAAAAGGUGUUCCUGGUGCGAGAGGAAGGGGCAGGGGUGCCAAAAGUUCAGCCCAGCAUUCUAGUUAUCGUGGUCGCGGUCGCGGACGGGGCAGAGGUCGGGGCAGAAGUCAAAACGCGGGGCUCUCGUUAGUCUCCGGCGCGCCAGUUGGUCAGCACGACGAUUCUAUCCAGAACAAACUGGUCGGCACGGUCUAUGACUUCGACUCGGACGAGGACUCGACCAGCGAGGCAAACAUCGCCGAUCUGCGUACCAUGAGGGAGAGGAAGAAGUCGACGGACGCCGCGACCGCCGGGGUCGAGAGGAGAGACUCGACGGUCGUUAUGCCGGAGAGCGUGCAGUCAAGGCUUUCCAGUCCUGGCGGCAGCAGAAAGUACCUGGAGGACAGGAGAAUCUCUUGCUCGCCGGGUCACGACGACUCCACGGUCGUGGAGAACGAGUCGAAUGCUGGGCAAAGCUUCGAUACCGUCCUACCAUUGAUUCCUGGUCCCGUCGACAUGAGGACGUAUAAUUCCACCCUGGACGCGUCCAGUUCUUCCACGUUGCACGGCCAGACUUACGAGAACCAUUUCCUCGGAACGUUCACCAGCGUCUCCACGAGCGACCCGACGCUCCCGGACAUCGAGGAGGACCUGGAGAAGGAGCUGAGAUCCGCGUUAGGAAAACAAGGACAGGAAGAUUGUUCGAAGCCGAGUUUCGAUGUCAGUAUCGAUGCCUCCUCCUCUGGUUUCGCGGACGCGAAUAAGGUCUCACUGACGGACUCGCGGAACCAGUUGAAGGUGAAGAUCAAGGGUCCGUUCCUCGACGCGAAUUACGUCCCCGCGUCGUCGGUGCCGCCGUUGGCUCAACAGGCGCCAGUGAUCAUUGCUCCGGCCGCGACCAGCGCUUCUGUAGCCUCCGGAACGUCGAAUCUCAGGCGGAUGCGGAAGAAGGAGUUGCUCAGACAGUAUUGCUCGCAAGAUAUGAACAUGGACGAGCCGGGUUGCGGGAAUCUGACCACGUCCGCGCCGAUCAUCAUGCCGCCGAUCAACCGCACGGUGAUAACGAUACCAAAGGCAGUUGCAUCGAUGACUAGCAUACCGACCAGGGAAGACUACAAAGCGGUGGUCGACGCCAACAUGGAGAAGAAGAGGCGGAAAGAAAGACCAGCUGGGUUCCUGGACGCAAACGAGGAGGAGAGCAACAUGGAAAGGAGACGGGGCAACGCGACCAACGGAGCCAGUUCGAGCGGUAAUGCUCCUGUGGUGAACGCGGACCGUCGUAGAGGUAGGCAGAGCAGCGGUGGCAGGUCAACGACCACUACCACGUCGACCACCACGACGAACAGCGGCCCGCCGAAGUUGAAGAUCAAGAUCGGUAACAGCAUAAUUGGAGGUCAAGAGACCGGCCAGGACGACCGAACCAGGAUCAGACCGCCGAAGAAACGGCUGAGCAGUAUUCCUAGCAGUACACCGAGCAUAGAGGAGCUGCGCAGAGAGAGCAUGAAAUUCAGGCGGAUGAUCAUGGCCGGUUUCGACAAUGAUGAGAAGCUCCGGCAAAAGAGCAAGAAGGACAAGAACGGGAAACGUAAGAAACGACAGUCGAGCAGGAAGGAGGCCAGGGUCCGGAUCCUGGAAGGCGGCGCCGCGCCGCCGAAGUUGAUCAUCAGGCUGGGGAAAGGUAACGAUUCACCGGACGAACUGCCGAUUUUGCUCACGGACGAGGAGGAGGAGGAAGAGGAGGAGGAACGACAUCCGACCGAUAGCAGGGUAGGUCCGCCACCACCGGAACCGGCGAAGGACGAACCGGUUUACCCGGCAGUGGUCGCGACUAUCGAGGAGAAACAGCCUACCGAUCCAGAUACAGGCGGGAGCGCACCCAGGAACGUUCGCUCGGCGAAGGUCACACCGAUCAGGUUAAAAUUAACGCGUUGCCAGGAAGGUUACGAGCUGAAGGGAUCCCCGGUCCACGGCGAGGAGUCCGGUUUAACGACGGAGAAGCAGAGGAGUCCCGAGCUGACGAACGAGGAAACGAGAAAUCUGCCGACGGCAAAGAAUCAGGACGGCGAUUCCUCCAGAGAAGAGGAGGAAGAGGAAGAGGAGGAGAGCAAUAGCAAUCCCGUGCAAAGAGACUCCUCCGCGUGUCCUGCCGCGACUAGUAUACCGCAGGGAUGCCAAGUUAGGUGAUAAUUAAUGAUACUCGUGGAGUAAAUGGAGCAAGAGGACACGGUGCUCGUUUAAUUUCGAUUUUGUUAACGUCGAAAAACGGACUCGAUAUGCAAUUACGAUCGCGGUUGCUAGCGACACGAACGCGCGCGUCGCCGUGAUAAGGUGGACAAAAUAAAGCGUUUGAUGAGGUACGGUUCUUUUUAUAGAGGCAGAUGAAGAAUAUUUUUACUUUUAAGCCGGGGAGUCUAUAUACAGAGUGUUUUAGAACUGGACCGAUUUUACACGAAAUUAAUUGUCAUUUUUUUGAUUUCUGGCUUAACGAAUUACAGGGUUUCGAUCAAUGAAAUCUGUUCAAACGAGAUUGUGCGAAGUAUUUUAAUUUGUUGUUCAAUCAAUAUUUUAUUCGAAACCAUCGUCUCUUUGAUUUUGUUACCAAUUCUGGGACACUCUAUAGUUGAUGAAGCGUGUUGUUGGUUUAAUGGGUGAACAUAAAAUGUGGUUUUAUUUGAGAGAUUAAGAUCGAUCGAUUUAAUUCUUUGUCACGAUGAAGAUCAUUGACAAUUAUCAUUUUUAUGUUUUACAGAUUAUCCAGUACUUGGACAAGAAAUUAGUCGUGUAGAAAGGUCUUAAAUAGUUAGCGGUGCGCUGGUAUCCGACAACUUCCGGUUUCUUGCCAUUAUUGUAUAGUGAUUCACGAAAAUAUUCGAACGCUCGCAGCCAUGCACUGUAACCUGAUAUGUAAGUUACUUUCAAGGAUUUCGAAAUAUUAUGAGUACGAUAAGAUUUAAGAGAUCACAAAUAUAUUAACGGAAGAUUUGAAAAGACUUAGAUGUAAGAUAUCAAUUUUAAACAUAACUUAAAUAAUGGAUAGAAAGGUAUUGAAACAUUAGGUUCAGUCGUAAAUAACUUCCAUUCAUCUUUUUAAAAUUUAUCCUACUAAAAACAAUGUAUAAUUACUAUUAGUUUAUUUACUAUAUAUUAUAUAAAAUAUAUAAAUAUUUUUAAUUACUAAUAAUGUACGAUUUUUAGUUGUUCAAAGUUUAUACAGAAUGAAGCGCAGUUUAUCCCGUAGAAGUGCAUUUGUUCCACUGUAACUGGAAGUUAUCUACGAUCUAACGUAAUUGUUAAUAUAAUGUAACAUAUAGUAAUACUAAUUUUUUUGAAUCACAUUUGGAACAAAAUACUUGUACAACAAACUCCGGUUACUUUAUUAGAGUUUAUAAAAAUUGUCAAGCACGAAUCUGAAUGUUACAUUACAUCGUGUUUACGAUAAUAUUUCGAAAUUUACGUUCGAACAUUUUUGCGAUUCACUGUACUUGUUCAGGUACCUCGAGUUUCAACAGAAAAUACUUUGAAAUAAGAACCUCAAGUGAUCUAUAGAUAGACAAACGAGAAAGAGGGAAAGAAAGAAAAAAGGAAAUUUUUGUAAAUGAAAAACUGUGGAUACAUCGAGGAUUAGAAAUGUUGUCAGUGCCCAUUAAGCCCAUAAUACGGUAUCUUUUAUAAUUUUGUACAAAAUUUUACAGUGUUGUAUAGAAAAUAAUUAUUUAUAUAACGUUUAUGGUGAUGUUUUCAAACCUUUUUAUUCUAUAUCAUUUUUAAUUGUCUUUUUGUCAUUUCCACGAUAUUAAGAAUGAACGUCUUUUGCAUAUACUUCACCUUCUCACGGCGAUCGAAAGUGUUCAGUUUGGUGAGAGGAAACAAGGUGAUAGGAACUUCUAAGAUAUACUCGUUUCGGACUCGCUACAAAGGACAUUCUCCGACGUUAUCGAAGAACCUAUGCUCCUCGAGAAAUCCGGUUUUAUUCUUAACAAUACUCGAGAGACGAAACGGGCGUGCCAUUUCGCGGCGACGACGACGAAAUGUCUGUGUUUUUCCUUUUGCGAAAGAACAGACGAAGAACCGGUCGAGGCCGUUGACGAGGAUCUCUCCAGAGGAUCCACGAAAAAUUCAACAACUUUACGUUCUUUCAUUUAGAAAAUCUUGUACAUAAUGCGCGGGAGAAAAGUACUCGGACAAUAAGAAUGUAGUAAAGAAAAUGAUUGUAUUUGUCAUGUCAUUCAUUACAUUCAUGUAACAUACGUGUAUAUUAACGUUUGUAGUAAUAUACACAAGUAAAAAUUACAUUUGCUACAAACGUUUUUAUACAACAUACAAUUACAUAUAUACAUAUAUAUAUAUAUAUGUAUAUAUAUAUAUUUGAACAUAAUUAAUGAUAUGAAAAAUUAAAUCUUUCUUGUUAUGCACUUAUUGUGUGAUUACUCUUGUAGCUCAACGUAUGCCGCUAAAUAUUAGAAUUUAAAGUGCCCCCAUAAUUUUUAACAGUACAAAUAGGGUAACACUUUUCUGUCGAAUAUCUAAAUAAUAAGAGACGAAAAUAUGACUGCUCAAAAGUUGCGUGAUUUUUUAUAUAGAUGUUCCAAAACAAUAGCAAAAUAGUCAACUUCUUUUAUACUUAUUUUGUGAUUUUUCCACUUUUUCUUGAGUGCCUGAAUUUCCAUUUACAAGAAAGAGUUAAAAAAGCUCAUUUAAAGGUAGUGAGAUGCUUUUAGGGAGUGCUUCGUAUACGGCCUCGGCAGUCCCUUCGCAGUAAAACUAGUUAAUUGUACAUAGUUGUAAUCUACGAUUGUAUUUAGUUUAAGUCGAUGAGACGGAGAGGAAUGAAUGAUUGGGCGAGCGUGUGUGUGUGUGUGUGUGUGUGACCGUGUGAGUGCACGCGAGAGAAUUUUGUAAUCAGUGCGAAGCUUACGUGAUGGCUGUGUUUUACCACGCGGUCCGAUCUUCCAGGCAGUCCUGGGCCGUGCAGAAACGUUCGGUAACCUCCUUAAUUAAACCGUUGGAUAUCACUUAAGUGGUUCCCCUCCCUCGACAAGAGGUCGUCGCUCUACAUUUUACACUAGAUAAAAAAAAAGAAAAAUAAUAAUAAUAAUAGCAUAAAACAAAGCGGUAGAACAAACGUGUGUACAUCGGGCGGAGAAAUCCGAGAAAAGAAUUAUCAGAUAAUUUCAUAAGCUUGUCAUUGUUUUUAAUAUUAAUUUUAAGUUUACAGAAAUCGUCGAAUCAUUGCAAUAUUAUUUAAUCGAUGAAUACAUUAAAUAUUCCAUUGCAUAAUUGCGUUCCAUCUUUUGAUCAUUGUUUGGAUUCUGUUGAAACGUUAUUAGUUUGAUUAUUUGAAGUGAUGGGAGGAAUGAUAUUAUACGUGGAUUUAUCUGAUAAUUUAAAAAUGGAGAAAUAUCCGUCACGAGGACAAUCCAGCUGCGCGACAGCCUUUUUCCAAUGGAAAACGCGGAAAUUCAAUGAAUCCGUAUAGUCUACCUGCAAUAGUUCUCCACGAUUACGCAGUUGCCCGUAGAGAUGCCCCGUAAAUAUAAAUAAAAUUACGCACGGCGUAAACCUCGUCAAUCAAAGCAAAUUCGUAAGAACCGUAUAACGCACGCAUUCUUCAUCGUUUUUACGAGUUCAUUUGAUAUUAUAUAUAGUAUCUUAAUUGUCAGAACGUCGUUCUGUUUUUUUAUAUAUAAUAUAUAUAUAUAUAUUAUAUAUAUGAAAAAGUAUAUUUUACACCGAGUACAAUGUUAAUAAUUUAUUCUUAUUUAGUGUAAAUAAGUUCUAUAGAGGAAGUAUGUUUUUAUACGAUAGUAUAUAUAUGUAUAUAUAUAUUAUACAUAGCAUUAUACAUAGUUCGUUCGCUCGCCUCGUGGUUUUUACGUGUUUACUUUGAUAUAUUUAUAUAUACAUAUGAAUAUAUAUAUAUGUAUAUAUGUAUGUGUAUGUAUAUAUAUAUAUGUAUAUGUAUGUACAUGUAUGUAAUCGGUAAUCUCGUAUCGAGACACGUCGAAAUACAUUCGAUACCCUCGAGGACGGCUGCGUAAUUACGGAGUCUCGUUUCUAUAGACAUUUCACUGUUUGACAGGACUAUAA